AUCCCCAGAGGUUAAAAAGAUGGGCACGGUGCUUUCCCCCUCACGUGUUGCACUAUGUGGGACAAGCACGCUUAAUAACGCUAUUAUCUUAUUUAUAGCCCACUAGAUACGGUUCAAGCCGACAAAAUAACUUAUUGCAUUCCACAUAAGAACCCCACAAUUACGUGAUACCGGCGGUUACACAGGUCACAGUGACACUGACAAACACAUUUUACUUAACUAAGCGGAUAAUAUAGCCACGGGGUAAAAAUUAUAUCUUUAGGUGAUCCAUCAGAAUAUAAACAUAAAGGCAUAGGAUUACGCAGUGUAUACAGAUUAACUGGGGAAUCAUCCCUGCAGAAAAAUGUUUCCUAGGAAAAUAAACAGUUGAUGACCAAUCAAGGAGUCUUUGGACAGGUUCCGCGGUACCAUUUUACAUAACAGAAGCCUCAAACAUAAAAGGGGCGCAAAACGUCCAGCCGGGAGAACGAUUCGCCAGAAUAAGAGCAACGCGUCUUCCCCUUAGAAAUUAUUUAUAUUUGUAUAAAUAUAUUGUUCAGUCGCAGAGCAGGAAUGGAUUUCGACUUGCUUCCUAACUUGCCCGUAUGCGGUAUCCCUUGGGAUCGGGUUCUGCGUCCCUUAUUGCCUCGUCUGAGCGGGACCGUAGGACCUUACUCAUGGACUCCGUCCGAUCUUCUCAUUCCAGUUUCUGAACAUGCAGGGGCGGCACAGGUUGUUUGUGACCAGAGUGGAUUUACUGUGCAACUUGACGUAAGACACUUCAACCCUGAGGAACUCCUGGUCAAAGUCACAGGGGACUACAUUGUGGUAGAAGGAAAACAUGAACAGAGAAAGGAUGGAUCAGGGCUGGUGACCCGACAGUUUAACCGAAGGUACCGCAUCCCAGAUGGUGUGGAUACCAUGGCCCUGGAGUCUGCAGUGUCUCCAGAAGGAAUGCUGGUGAUUUCUGCACCCAUGUUACAAGACAAGAACUCCUCAUCACUUGUGCACUCUGCACCAUGAUGCAUAGACUAACACAGGCAUCAAUGGUGACACAAGCCAACACCUUCCACUACUGUUAGAAUUCUUUCAUGAGAUGUUUCACUCACUAAAAAAGGUGAACAUGAUAAAAAAAACAGACCAAUUUUUCUCUACACUGAAGCUGGAGAGUCCAAUUCAAAUAUGCCUAUCCCAAACAUAUUUGGUAGCAAGUCAAACAUGUCAUGUCAUCCUUUUAAUCUGGUAUUGCAUCAGGUUUAGGCUUUCUGGAAUGUUGAAGACUCCAGAUCCAAGCCCAUCUCAGAAUUUCCAGGAAUACUUAUAGUAGCUGCCAUUUACUACUGAUGUUUGCACACAUCAGGGCUGGACUUCUCAGUUAACACCAACCAUUUGUGAUUGAUGAGUGAUUCCUUGUUGUACAUAUUCCUAAAUAGUUUGUUUUAAGUGGGUGAGAUUUUUAUAUAUGUGUGUGUGUGUGUGUGUGUGUGUGUGUGUGUGUGUGUG